AUGAAUGAAAGCAGUGAAGAGGAACGUGUGGAGGAGGCACACGGAGCGGCUGUAGGGCGGCGGCAAGAUCAAGGUGGAGAGCCUCGCAUGCAGAUGGCUACGUUUGGGACUAUCGGUGACUUUGUGGAAGGAGACGAGGACUGGACAGAGUAUGUGGAAAGCCCGGCCAUUUUCCAGAGGACAAUGGACUCUCUGUUACAAGGGAUUCCAUAUGUAGCCACAUAUUUAGAUGACAUUCUAGUUACGGGGGCUACUGAAGCUAGGCAUCUUGAAAACUUAGAGCAGGUGCUCAAAAGACUCUCAGACGCAGGGCUGCGCCUAAAACGGGAAAAGUGUGUGUUUAUGGCACCAAGUGUGACCUACCUGGGACAUUCAAUCACAGCAGAGGGGCUCCGUCCAGUGGAGGACAAAGUGAGGGCUAUCAAGGAAACUCCAAGCCCCAAGAACAUCACUGAGCUCCGCUCAUUCCUGGGUAUGGUGAAUUACUAUGGAAAGUUCCUGCAGGAUCUGUCAAAGGUGCUAGCCCCACUUUACAAGCUGCUGCACAAUGACACAAAGUGGCAGUGGUGUGCAGAGCAGGAGAAAGCAUUUAAAGAAGUGAAAGAACUCCUCCAGUCAGCAAAACUGCUUGUUCACUAUGAUCCAGACAAAGAGAUUGUUCUCUCAUGUGAUGCCUCACCCUAUGGAGUGGGGGCAGUCCUCUCACAUGUCAUGGAAGACGGCUCAGAGAAACCCAUAGGAUUUGCUUCAAGGCCGCUGACGUCUGCAGAAAAAGGUUAUUCACAGUUGGACAAAGAAGGUCUAGCCAUUGUUUUUGCAGUGAAGCGUUUCCAUCAGUACCUAUAUGGGCGUGUUUUCAAGAUCUACACCGACCAUAAACCACUGAUGAGCCUGUUCAGUGAAAAACGCUGCAUCCCGCCGCUAGCGUCAGCCAGAAUCCAGCGGUGGGCACUUCUCUUGUCAACGUACCAGUAUUCCAUAGUGUACAGAGCGGGGAAGGACAAUGCAAACGCGGAUGCGUUGAGUCGUCUGCCAUUGCCAGAGACACCUGUCUCGGCAUAUGUCUUUUCAUUGGAAAAACUGUCACAGACACCUGUUAAGGCAGGCCAGAUCAAGCAGUGGACAGAUAGAGACCCAGUGUUGUCCAAAGUAAAGACGUAUCUGUUGCAGGGCUGGCCCAAGGUGGUUGACAGUGAAGAACUGAAACCAAAUGUCAAACGCAUAACAGAACUCAGCCUACAGGAUGGCUGCAUUUUCUGGGGAUCGAGGGUAGUCAUACCUCCCCCAGGUCGCACAUGGAUUGUGGAAGAAAUACACGAGACCCAUCCAGGAGUGUCAAGAAUGAAAAGCCUGGCAAGGUCCUAUGUCUGGUGGCCAAAGAUGGAUUUAGAUCUGGAGAAUAAGGUAAAGUCAUGCACACAAUGUCAGUCUAAUCAGCACAUGUCGCCACCAGACCCUUUGCAUCCCUGGGAGUGGCCAGGUCACCCCUGGUCUAGACUACAUCUGGACUUUGCUGGCCCGUUCAUGGGGCAGAUGUUUCUCAUAAUGGUGGAUGCCCACUCCAAGUGGAUAGACGCUCACAUCAUGACCAACAUAACGGCACCAGUAACCAUAGACAAGCUCAGACAAGUUUUCGCAAUCCACGGUUUGCCUGACACAGUGGUCACGGAUAAUGGCCCAACAUUCACCAGUGAGUUGUUUGGUGCGUUCAUGGAACAGAAUGGAAUCCGGCACGUUUGUACGGCUCCUUUCCACCCGGCCUCGAAUGGAUUAGCGGAGCGAGCUGUCCAGACGGUGAAGGAAGGUCUGAAGCGAAUGAAAGGUGACUCUCUAAGUACAAGGCUUUCACGUUUCCUGUUUAAAUACCGCCUUACGCCACAGACUACUACUGCAUGGGCUCCAGCAGAGAUGUUGAUGGGGCGUAGGCCUAAGUCCAGGUUGAACCUACUGCGUCCAGACAUAAAGGCCACAGUGCUGAGAAGGCAGGAAAAGCAGAAGGAGGAUCAUGAUAAACAGGCAAAAGAGAGACAGCUGAAACCUGGUGACAAUGUCUAUAUCAGAAAUUUCAGCAACAACCCUACUCAGAAAUGGCUACCUGGAGCUGUCCUGACGCAGAGGGGUCCACUCUCAUUUGUUGUUGAACUGACUGAUGGACGAGUGUUCCGCAGACAUCAGGACCACAUCCGCCUGCGACAUGAUACAGGCCCAGAGAUCGUCAGCACUUCAGAGCUUCCCCUGGUGAGUCAGACUAUUGUGAGACCAUCACCAGAGGCAAAGUCACAGGAAGAAGAGUCUGUGCCCUCUAGGGAGGAUGGACAGUUGAUCAAGGACACACAGACCCCUCUUGUGACCCCAGUGCCUGAACCUCCCAAAACACCUAAAGCAGUUGUGCCCGUGGCAGCACCGGAGAUAGUGUGUAGGUCACAGCGCGCUCGGAAACCUCCAGACAGACUGAAUGUUUAAAACUCAGUUGAGGUGUUGAAUUGAAUGUGCAUAUAAGUGUUAAGUGUGUAUUCCAAACAGUAAUGUUUAUAAGGGUUUAAAAGGUGCACAGUUGAAAGUGACAGAUAAUGAAACUAGGUUAGUUUUGUUUCCCAAGUUUAUUUGCAUCAUGGGGAUGUUAGAAUUUAGUGGGGGAGGAGUGUUGUAAUGCUUAACAUGUUAAGAUCAUUCAUGCCACUAGGUGGAGCUCUUGUAGUUAUGUGAUACUUUUCAGUACUCCCUCAGCUACUGUGUUAAGCAAUGUUUUAUUUGCUAGAAGAAGAAUGCUAGUUCCGGGAUCGAGUGUCUGUCGUUUUGUGCCUGUCCACAUUCGCUAAUAAAGCCACCACUCGGUACAAUUUUCAUUGUGGUCCUUAUGAGUGCCUAAGUUACCACAAGUAGGGUUUUCCUAAAACAACAAGGUCAAGACUAAUACAAAAUGAAUCCCUCUCAAUCAUGACUUAUGACCACUAGAGGUGUAUGGCAGUGUCUGUAUGAGACCCUCUGCCUGUAUUUGCUCCUUUCUUUUUGCUGUGAUCAGGACGUUUCUGUCUUGGACACUGGGUGUGUACAAUCCUAGCGGCAUGGACAGGAAUUGGUGGUGCGGCCCUCCCAAUGAGUCAACUGUACCCACCCCCAAUAUAACAUGCACACACAGUGUUGCCAACUGGCGACUUUCUCCCUUUUUGCAACUUGCUGCUCAGAGUAAUCUCAGUCAGCGGCUCCCUCCAUCACCUUUCUCGACGUGCACAUGGCAGGCAGAAGUGUGUUUCUAUGGUAACGGGAGCG